AGUAAUAUUAACAAGUGGAUAAAGAAAGUAUGGAGUGAAAUGAUGGGCAUAGAAAAUGAGGUCUGGCAUUACUCUCUCCAGUCCUCACUAACCUUCUUCGUCCCUUGUUCAAGACCGAUCAACGCCGGUGCCCCUCCAGCAGCCCUGUGGUUCGUCGGAGCAGUUCCAAGUGUUUUCUCCCAUUCUCUUACAGUAGGUCAAAAAUCACCUCAAGGAUGCUGGUCGAGUGCAUUGCGUGGGUUUUGGCCAGUUUGCAUCUUUUGUGUUCCCUCCGAAGUAAAAACAAAGGGCUUGUCCAUUUCCCAGACGAUAUCUUAAUAGAUGUUUUGAGCAGGCUUCCUGCCGACGCUAUUCAACAGUGUCGCAGAGUGUGUAGACAUUGGAGGACUCUGACUUCAUCGACUUAUUUCAACAUGCUGCAAAGCCAAAGAGCUUCCUCUGCUCAUGUGCAAGUUGAUAUGGCCACGCUUGAGAGGUCCAUUUCCAAAUACGAAAAGGAAGCGCAUGAGUUGAAGAAGGAGACGCCGAUCUGGUGGCACUGGCCAACAAUGUGAUAAGUGGACUGAGACAGAAUGUGAACCAGAUGCUUGUCGUAAUGAUGGGACUGGCCAUAAAUCACCAGUUUGGAGAGACGGCUGUUGAAAAGGGGACACUGGUUUUCCGGCUCUUGUUUCUUUUUGCAGCGUGCUUACUUCUGGGCUUGACAUCUUUCUUGAUUAGGUUCAUGGACAUUGGGGGUGACCUCAAAUAUGUUCUGAACAGAAGCAAAACCGUGAGAGAAGCAUUCACCAGAUGGCUACAGGGUUUGGGCCCUGAUCAGGCAGCUGUUUUGGGUCUGCGUGCCGUGCGCCUGGAACAAGCCCUCAAUGGAAUUGGAGACUUCAGGAGGGGGUAUUACCUUCAAGCUCUCUUUACUUCCCUCGUGGCUUUGUUUCCGAUUUUGAUGAUUAUAUUCCUUUAGGAUCCUGCCCACGCCGGCUUAGGAGUCUAAUCAUGCAUCUAAUCUACCAAGCUAGUUUAACAAUCUAAUCUAGUCACAAUGGUCUCUCUCCCACCAGAGUAUUAUUUACAUAUUAAUUUUUGUUGCGACAUAUAAAUUAUACGGAGUAUUACUUUGGUGGCCUUGUUGAGGACUAACGUUUUAAUCUCCAAAAUAUAAUUGUAAUGGAUUC